AUGCGAGCUGCUCAUGAUUUACAUGAAUUUAUUAUUGAGAAUACGAAGGAAGGAAAUUCUACUUUGAAAGAUACCAUUAUGAAUCUUCCCCUUUUUAAUAACUCUUUUGUGGACGUUUUACCACAAUCACAUCCUGGUUAUUUACUUAUACACCAUUUGGUCCCGAGUGACCUUGUUAAAAUUUUUAAUAUUUAUAUUAAUGAUAAAAAAUUACGGUUUUCUUUAUUUUUAAAAUUUUUUUCGACUUUAAUGUCUUCAAUUGAUACAAUUAUUUGGACACGUCGUGCUUCCUUAGUUAAACAUUGGGAACAUACAUUAUCUAUUACAAAAAACAAAAAAAGAUUUUAUAGAAAACGACAUAAGAAAAGAGCUCCUCCUUCUCCUGAUCCAGGUGCUCCUGUUCACAAUUCACCUCCACGUCGACAUUAUAAUCCUCGGCAUCUCACCACUACUCCUUAUUAUAGGGACGGUGGUUUUAAUGAUAAUCUCGCCCAUAUUCGUUGGACGACAAGUAAUUAUUUACAUUCGGGACAUUGGACUACUUAUAGAGAUAAUAUGGGGUUCAAUAAUAUAGAUUUAUUUUUAACUUUACAAAAUAGUUUUCUUAAAAAUGUUUUUGAUAUUAUAUAG